AUGAUCUUUCCUCUAGGACGUCAAGAUGAACAGCAUAACGAAGUCCAGUUCCAGCGUCGGUGUCAGAAGCGAGGGGCCGAGAUUAUCGCCUUCGCAAAAUGCAGCUACAAGAGUGGAUACAUGGUUCUUCACUGCAAGUACCAAGAAACUGCCUUGUGGCUGAAGGAUGUGACUCGGUCACUCGUGCCUUGGGAGAAUGCUGAACUGGUUGCCUUGGACGUGGAAGACAUUCCUCGUCCGGAAAUCUUCCAUGCAUUCUUCCCCUUAGGCGCGGCUUUUAACGACGAAAGGAUAAGAGGCCUCAUUGAGAGCCAAAAUAGUGAUAUAACCACGAAAAACUGGCAAAUAAUAAACCGCACAAACGCAAACAGACAUGCCGAACGGACGCUCUACAUGGAUGAAGAUUCGCUGCAGAUUCUAGCUAAGCGUCAAUUCAUGUUAAACUUCCGCUUUGGCGAAACGCAGAUUCGUAAAAUGAAACAACGACCACGUCAGAACUCUAAGCCGAAGGUAAAGAAGCCUGAACGUACCGAUCCCACUAGUCUACUGCCCAACGAUUCGAUAGCAGGACCUAGCGGUGCCAAACUGUUGGCUCCAAGACCAGCUCCUCGGGACAGAAUCGAUGUCGACAGGAAAAACAGUGGAAAACGAUAA